AUGGAGCCUAUAAUUAUUGUACAUGGAGGAGCUGGUGACAUUCCUCAAAGUAGUGUACAAGGAAAGUUAGAUGGUGUCAAACUCGCAGUUAUUGCAGGGCAUAAGAUUUUAGCUCAAGGUGGAACUGCUUUGGAUGCUGUGGAGGCAGCAGUUGUAUCUAUGGAAAAAGAUGAAUACUUCAAUGCGGGGUAUGGAUCCGUUCUGAAUUUACGUGGGGAGGUAGAAAUGGAAGCCAGCAUUAUGUGUGGUAAAAAUUUAAAUGUUGGUGCUGUAACUUUGAUUAAAGAUUUUCUUCAUCCCAUAAGUAUUGCACACAAAGUAUUAACAGACUCUCCACACUCACUCCUGGGGGGUGAAGGUGCUAAGAUAUUUGCAAUAGAAAAGGGUUUUCAAACUGUACCCCCUGAAUCUUUAAUAAGUGAAAAUGCAAAACAUGCAUUAGAGAAAUUUUUACAACAUGGAGAGUUUGGCAGAACUGAAAUUGGGAUUAAAGAUGAAGGCGGUGUUGGCACUGUAGGCGCAGUGGCAGUAGAUAGUCUCGGGCACGUCGCAGUGGCUACAAGUACUGGAGGUAUGAGUGGCAAAGCUGUAGGCAGAAUUGGUGACACACCUCAAAUAGGCAGCGGUACAUAUGCAGAUGACAAUGUGGGUGGUGUUUCGACAACAGGUCAUGGAGAAUCCAUUUUGAAGUAUUGUUUAGCUCAUAGCAUAAUCAAACUUAUGGAUAAUGGAACAGAUGCAAACACAGCAACAAAAACGGCAGUAAAUGGAAUGACUGAAAGACUCAAGAAUACUGCUGGUGCAAUAACACUGUCCAAAAAUGGGGACAUAGGCGUUCAUUUUAGUUCCAAAAGAAUGUCUUGGGCGUAUAUUAAGUCAAAUAAAAUGUGCUAUGGAAUUGAGCAGAAUGAAAUUCGUGAAGAGCAAUAUAUUAACACA